AACCGAAUGGCUCUCGCCCGCGCCGCUCGCGUGUGCAGAGAGUUCUCAGCACCUGCCCUCGCCGUACUCUGGAGAGACAUCGAGGACCUGGUGCCACUGUUCUCUCUGUUCUCAUCCUUCAAGGCCGUGUCGCCAGAGCAGGAGCGCGUACCGAGGCAUGGGCCGCUGCACGAAUUGUUGGGCAAUGUCGAGUCUCAGGAUGUCUGGAUGCUUUGUGGGAUCCCCACGGAAGCGGAGGUGGAAAGAUUCAAGUUAUACGCCGCGUUCGUACGCUCUGCGUGCCUCUUCAAAACGGACGAGAUCGAUCCGUCCGUCUUCACCCACCUCUCACACGUCAAUGGUGGCAAGCCGCUACUGCCCUCUGCCAGAAAGCUCACCUUUGAGCAAUCGGUUGCGUUUGAAGCCGCCUUGCUGACUCUUGUCUCCCCAUCACUCCAUUCUCUUAGCCUUCUCUUCGGCGUGGCAGCCUACCUGGGGAACAGAGGACAAAUCACUCGUCGUGACCAUAUGCUCAGGACAGCGCUCGAGCGCGUAUGUACCAUGGCGCCUUCGCUGUCGUACGUCAACGUCAGUGGUUGGAUUCGCCCAUCGACGCUUGUCCCAAUAGCGCAGCUCAGCAACCUUGCUACUGUGCAACUCAGUCUUGUACACCGAGUCACCGACGCAAACGGCGAACUUCUUCGUGCCCUAUCCAUAUCGGACAGCCUCGUUGAGCUGCACAUACCGCAUGAGCUGGCCGUCGAAGUAGCACACUGUCGUGGCGGAUUCCCCAACCUGCGUAUCCUGGAGGUGUAUGGCGGCCUCACGAAUGUCGCAUCGCUGUUCAGCCAACUGGAUUCCCCUCAUUUACGAGAGCUAUCCCUUACCGCAUCUCCACUUAAUUCCUUCGAGCUACUUCCUCCUGCGCUGGACCAUUGUACACGCUUGUUGUCCCUCGAGUCUUUGACCAUCUCCACGCAGUCGAUGCUGCUGCGUAGCUUCGCACCUCCGACUGCGGGAGAGGAGCCUAUUGCGUUGACUGGUCUCCUCGCGCCCAUCCUUCAACUGCGUAGGCUCAGGAAGCUGUGGUUUCACGUCAACAAGACGUUUUCACUCUCCGACGCCGAUCUGCAGGCCAUGGGCACGGCCUGGCCGAAGCUUGCGAGCUUCCUCGUGUCAUACCAAGUCUCAGGCACUGUGCCCACCAUGCGCGGCGUUCAGGCUCUCGCUCGCGCGUGCCAACAUCUCACAGUGCUACAUCUGCCCUGCAUGGACCCCUCGCCGCCCUAUGCGGCCGAAGAUCCUGCGUCUUCGCGUCACGGUCUACGGUUGAUGUGCGUCGAGCGACUUUCGCCUUCUAUCGGAGAAGCGGCGGCGGAGCUAGCUACGGCCAUCGAUGUUUUCUUCCCGCGGCUCAAUGUGCCCGACAGUAGAUCAUUCAAGAUGUUCUUCGGGGACAUGGGGUUCUUGGAGACGCCCUGGGCCGCAGUGCUCGACGCGGUU